UGUUCCGGAUAUUACUCAGGAUAUUUGAUACUCGUGAACUUAAAAAUGGCUGCAUUUCAGAAGCUAAGUGUGGACGAGAUAGACGUCAAAGGCAAGAGAGUUCUCGUGAGGGUUGAUUUUAAUGUUCCUUUGGACGGCAAGACAGUGACAAGCAACCAGAGGAUAGUAGCAGCUCUGCCUACUAUUAAGUAUUUGUUGGAUAAUGGAGCACGUAGUGUUGUGGCAAUGAGCCACUUGGGUAGACCUGAUGGACGUAAAGUUGAUAAAUAUUCACUUGCACCAGUUGCUACUGAAUUCCAGCGACUCCUGGGAAGGAAUGUGACAUUUCUCUCAGAUUGUGUUGGACCUGAAGUGGAAGCUGCUUGCUCACAACCAGAAACAGGUUCAGUAUUCCUAUUGGAGAACCUGAGGUUUCAUCUUGAAGAGGAAGGGAAAGGUCUUGACAGUGAGGGAAAGAAAGUUAAAGCUAGCCAGGAAAACGUUGAUGCUUUUCGAGCCUCAUUAAUGAAAUUAGGUGAUGUUUAUGUUAACGAUGCAUUUGGAACUGCACACAGAGCUCAUAGUUCAAUGGUUGGUAUUAAGUUUCCUGUAAGAGCUGCUGGAUUCCUUAUGAAGAAGGAGUUGGAAUACUUUGGAAAAGCUCUUGGGAAUCCUAAGAAACCAUUUCUGGCAAUUCUAGGAGGUGCUAAAGUUCAUGACAAGAUACAGCUCAUUAAUAAUCUUCUUGAUAAAGUUGAUAUCAUGAUUAUUGGUGGAGGAAUGACUUACACUUUCCUGAAAAAGUUGAAUGGAAUGGAGAUUGGCGAUUCGUUAUUUGAUCAAGAUGGUUCCAAUAUUGUUGAUGACGUCAUGAGUAAAGCAAAGGCUAAAGGUGUUAAGAUGGUCUUUCCUGUUGAUUUUGUGACGGCAGACAAGUUUGACAAAGAUGCUAACACUGGAUCAGCUACUGUUGAGAGUGGUAUACCAGCGGGCUGGAUGGGACUGGACUGUGGACCUAAUUCAAACACUCUCUUUGCUGAGACCAUAUCAACAGCUGCCACCAUUGUAUGGAAUGGUCCUGUUGGAGUGUUUGAAAUGGAGAAGUUCUCAACUGGUUCAAGGGUUGUAUUGGAAGCAGUUGUGGCUGCUACUGAAAAGGGUGCCACAUCAAUCAUAGGUGGUGGAGAUACAGCAACAUGUGCUGAGAAGUUUGGAAUGGCUGAUAGAGUGAGCCAUGUUAGUACUGGAGGAGGAGCUAGCCUUGAACUACUGGAAGGUAAAGCACUGCCAGGAGUGGUAGCACUCAGUGACAAGUGACUCUUCAAGAAAAAGUCCAAGAAAAUUAACAACAUCAGCUCCAAACUUUGACAUAAUAACCUGCUACACGUGCAUGUAUUUUUUUGCUGUUUUUUAGGUAUUAUACUAGCAGUAUUAUUAGCAGUUUUUUUAUUCAUUUUGCUAUGUUAGAGAGCAACUUCA